GAAUAAUUUAACCCCCAGCCCAGAAACUCCCUAUAUAAAGCCGUAGACACCCAUCCUUUUUCCUCCCCCAAAUUUUCAUCUCUCCUGCCCUUCGAUAGCCGCCUUCUUCAAUCCUCUUACCUAGCUGAAAUCCGGCUUUCUUCUCAUCUUCUUUUGCUCCUACAAACAGGAAGGAAUGGAGUCCGGAGGAGAAACUCAUCAAUACUACUCUGGGUUCGAAGAAAACCAGCCAUUCCAAAACUCCCAUUUCCUUGAUGCUUGCUUUCUUUGUCAGCGACCUUUGGGCCGUAACAGUGACAUCUUCAUGUACAGGGGGAAUACACCAUUUUGCAGCCAAGAAUGCAGGCAAGAACAGAUAGAGAUGGACGAAGCUAAGGAAAAAAGAACCAAGCUUUCUUCUUCUUCUUCUUCCAAGAGGCCGUCAACGACGCAGCUGAGGCAGUCAACGAAGCAAGAAGGGAAGACGACCGAGAACAAGAAGGCUGUAAGAACAGCAGGCACUGUGGCUGUGGCUUGAAUCACUGCUUCGUCCGCCAUGGCAGCGCAACUGAGGGUAGCUGUAAAGCUCCCUCAGCUCAAGAAUAAGGAUAAGGAAAGCUUGAUAUAUAUAUGUGCUAUGCUGAUGAAGUCGGUUUAAUUAAUCAAUCAAUCAAUUAAUUAAAAUCAUAAUAAUUAAGGGCUUGCAUAAGACACCAGCUCUGGCUAGGGCUCGGGUAUGGAUGAUACAGUAUCUGUAAAAUUGUAAAAACCAAUGAUACUGUUGAUGAACAAGAGAUGAAUUUUGCUUCCUUUCCUCUUCUCGAUCUAUCUCCUUCACAUAUUCGCUGUCAGAUCUAUGUAUAUGUAUGUAUAUAUAUGGCAAUGGCACCCAUGGAAUUGUAUGCCUUGGAACGCGUUAAUGAUAAUUAUUGGAAGAGAUUUUCUAUUCUCAAACUGGAUUUCAUCCGUUACUUUAAUUA